CUCUGCAACUGUUACCACCGACCGUAACGGAACCAAAAUUCAGGUCGUUACUUUUCCGCGUUUCUUCGUUUUGAGUUCACCGUAGCUCUUUUCCAUUGUCGUUUUGUUUCCUUCUUCUCCAAUUCAAUUCAAACCAAACCCUAAUCCCAAUUUUCCUGUUCGAUCCCAAAUUGGGGAACAAAAAAUCGUAUCAAUGUCAAAUUCGAUUCUUCUUCUCGCAAUUCUCACCCUCACAUUGACGUGUAGUAUGGUGAAUUCGAUGAGGUUUGAGCUUCAAUCGGGUCACACUAAGUGCAUUUCAGAGGAUAUUAAGACCAAUGCGAUGACCGUAGGAAAGUAUAGUGUCGUUAAUCCUAAUGAAGAAUAUGCAAUUCCUGAUACCCACAAGAUCACUGUCAAGGUGAGUUCUCCUCAUGGAACCAGUCAUCACUACGCGGAUCAUGUGGAGUCAGGUAAUUUUGCAUUUACUGGAUCUGAGUCCGGUGACUACACUGCUUGCUUUUGGAUACCAGAUAGUAGGAUGUCCCCUUCAAUUGUGACCAUUGAAUUUGAUUGGAGAUCUGGGAUUUCUACCAAAGACUGGUCUAAGGUUGCCAAGAAAGGGCAGAUUGAAGUAAUGGAAUUUGAGUUGAAGAAACUGUAUGACACCGUUACAGUCAUCCAUGAUGAGAUGUUUUAUCUUCGCGAAAGGGAGGAAGAAAUGCAAGAUCUUAACAAAGCAACCAACUCCAGGAUGUUCACCUUCAGUUUCCUUUCAAUUAUGGUUUGUUUGUCUGUGGCUGGUUUGCAACUAUGGCAUUUGAAGACAUUCUUUGAAAGGAAGAAGCUACUCUAAGUUCCUUCAUACUAAUUUUGUUCAAUUUUUUUUUUCUUCCUUAUUUUCUAAUUCCGGUUGCCUGGCUAUUACUUCGGUAUUCAAAUAUAUGAUUAGUUCAUAUUUUUCUUUUACAAUUUUGUAGAUUUUAGAAACAAUAGUAACAUUUUAAGGGUUCUUUAAUUUAUACUAAUAUUUUCUUUAUAACUUCAAUUUAUAAGCAUUGCAGUUAUUCUUUUACACUCAAUCUAAGAACUGCUUCAUUCCUUGA